CCUCAUUACCCCAGACCCUCCGACUGGAAUCAAUCCAUUUCCAGAAACAACUAUUUUCCAGUCUAGUUUUUUUCUUUUUUCUGGCUGGGGUCCAAUAACACAAAAAUCAAAUAACAAUGUCUGCCUCCAGACUCAUCCGCUUUGUGCGGCCAUCCGCCUUUUCCGCAUCUCCUCUUACCCGAUCUUUCGGUACAACGGCCAUUCGAUCCAAAGAUCUCAAUGAACGCGCUCACCCUACUACCCCAGAGCACAGAGAACAUCAGACGAAGAAGCCGCUGAAUCCGCAUGUGACGAACACCACUUCUACGCAGACCAAUGACUUUCCCAAAGUCGGAGAAAAGAACGCUCCGCCCGAACUUCUUAAGUCGGUUGACCCCAAUUACAAACCGGCGGAUCCGUAUCCGGGCAAAAUUGAACACUUCACUGGCGGGAGACAGCAGCCUGGAACCCGGAAGCCAGAAUUGGGUGUUGGUGAGAUCGAAGGCGUGACAUUCAAGGUUGAACCGCUUCGGCGCGAGGGAGAGGAUCCCUCCACGAUGAGGGCGCGUUUGUUGUACCAGAGCCGCAAGCGCGGUAUCCUCGAGACCGAUCUUCUCCUGUCCACCUUUGCGGACGCUCGUCUGGGCAACAUGACGCCCGAGCAGAUGCAGGAAUACGACCGCUUCUUGGACGAAAACGACUGGGAUAUUUACUAUUGGGCGACUCAGGACCCGGAGAGCCCUGAAGCCGCUGCUGCUGCCGCGUCGCCGUCGAAAGAGCCCCAGGACGUUCCCACAGAGAACUGGAAAGAAGGUGCUGCAAAGUCAGGCGAAUGGGCGCAGACCGUUGGCGCUUUCAAGCCCGCUUAUCGACCCGUUCCAUCUCGAUGGGCUGAUUCCUGGAUUUUGAAAGAGCUGAGAGAGCAUGUGCGCGACAAGAGCGCCGCUGGCUUCCAUGCUGCAAAGGACAAGAAGACUGGAGGCGGUCUUGGACGUAUGCCCAAUGUUCAGGUCUUCGGACGCUAAGUUCUUGACAUCUACCUUUUCUCUGAACUUAUAGAAGUUCGUAUACAUACGGCAGUGAUGUAUGCUAGGGUUUGAGAUGGGCCGUGGUAUUCUUAAGCCGUCCCAUCCAUAUAUGUACAGUAGAUCUAUUAUUUUUAUAAUGCGAUGUAUUCUGCUACUGGAUAUAUGCCUUCAACAGAUUUAUAGUGG